AUGGAGUCUGGAACUUCGGAACUGAACUCAGACUACGCACCAACCCCGGGGUACUUUGGCAGUCCUUAUCCUACACAAUCUACCGCCAGGCCUCCCAAUGGUUUGCUUGAAAACAGCUUUGAGCCUAGAAGCAAUUCUACGGCAUUACAUCCCAAAUUCCUCCAGUUGUCCGGUAGGGAAGAGGGUAGGUUUUAUGACGAGGAGCCGCCAAGCUGUAUCCACUACCGCAUAGAGUGGCGCGUGACAGUCAACAAUCGGGAGGUAUCUCAAGACACGGAGUUAGAUGUCGUCCUGACUCCAGUGCCUUUUGGCGCUGGUCAUUAG